AUGAAUUCCACUCGUCCACCUGUACUAGUCGUUGGCGCUGGGCCAGCAGGUCUGGUAGCAGCGUUGACACUUCUGCAGAACGGCAUCCCAGUUCGUAUCAUCGACAAAGAUCCAAACCCUCGCAUCGGACAGCGUGGUGCUGGAAUCAUGCCACGCUCUCUGGAACUCUUCAACUUCUUGGAUGUUUUAGAAGUCAACGAACGAGGGAAACCCCCGCCUAUUGUCCGUCACUACAAGCCAGGGACGAUGGAACCUCUGAGGGAAUUCUCGAUGGCCCCGCAUAUAGAUCUUACACCCGCGAUACCAUUCCGUUCCAAGGUUCUCGGUCAACAGCUUUUAGGUGUGAUUCUGCAACGCCACCUCGAGAAGUUUUCUUGUUCUGUCGAGAUGGGCACCGAACUGCGUUCGUUCGAACAGUCCGAAGAGGGGGUUACCGCUGUACUAGCGAAGAACGGUGCAUUAGAAACUUUUGAUACAAAGUGGAUGAUCGGCGCCGAUGGGGCCAAAGGUGUCGUGCGCAAACAACUUGGGCUUUUAUUCUUGGGCGAGACUAGAGAUGAUGUCCGAAUUGUCACGGGAGAUAUUUGUUUAAAGGGCGUUGGGCUUGAUAGAGCAUAUUUUCAUCAGUUUGGACAAUUCCAAGAACGAGGCGUCUCAUUGCGUCCAACGGAUGAAAUUGGGGAGGACGGCUGGCAAUUUUUCAUAUCUGGUGGUGACUUAGAUCUGACAAAGGUCGCUCAGAGCGAGGAGCUUAUCUUCGAGAUCAUUACAUCAUUGAUACCUACGGAGGUCACUUUCAACAAGCUUGUUUGGGCGAGCGAGUUCCGGGCCAAUAUCCGGAUGGUGAAUAAGUUUAGCGAAGGUCGAGUGUUUGUUGCGGGCGAUGCUGCUCAUGUCCACAGUCCAACCGGUGGUCAGGGACUUAACUCAAGUGUACAAGAUGCUUUCAAUUUAGGGUGGAAACUGGCGCUCGUCGAGAAAAGACUCGCCGACAAAUCUCUUCUCGAGACAUACAGUGCUGAACGCCUCCCAGUCAUCUCUGAUAUGCUCAAGAUGACCACCUCGAUUCUCAACAGAGCAGUAAAAACAAAGGACGUGACGUUCCAACGAAGCCCGAUCGUUUAUAUGCUCGGUAUCAACUGCCGGUUUAGUAGCAUCGUACUCGAUGAAUUUGCGACGCUAGUUGAGGGAAGACCUAUCAACGCCUAUGAAGUACCUGAUGAGAGCCAUCUGGAAGCUGGAGACAGGGCGCCUGAAGCACCCGACAUGCUGCAGGUGGGGCGCGGAGAAUCUGACGUCAAGACGUUUUUUGGUCUCUACAGACCUUGGUAUCAUACAGUGCUUGUGUUCGCUCCGACUCAUGCAGAUGCUAUCCCGAUCUUGGGCGUGCUGGAGGCUUACGACCAAAGCGUUGUGCGAUUGGCAGUCGUUUUGCCUUCAUCUGCACCAAUGACGCCUGUUGCAUCCCCUGCUGACCUUGUUCUUGUUGAUCAGAAGGGCCAUGCUUAUUCGGCUUACCUCGUGGAAUCUGGCCAGACGAAAGUGUUCGUGAUACGACCUGACGGAGUGAUUGGAGCGAUUGUACAUGGUGCAGAAGGCGUGAAGAAGUAUUUCUCGAGAUUAUUUUUGGACGUGUAG